AGAAGGGAGGGAUACUAUUCAUGUCUGUUAAAUAAAUACGGCACAUCUGUAAACAAUGCCAAAGAAGAAAGGAAAGAAGGGAAAGAAAGGGAAGGGAAAAGGAAAGAAAGAUGGAAAGCAGGAGCCCAAAAACGAUAAAGAGUCGGACACUGAAAAGGCUAAGGCCAAUGCGGCCCUUUGGGAAGCCAAGCUUGAGGCCGUCGAACGCUCCCGCACAGACUACCGCGAUGCAACACACAAGCUUGCACGGGCCAACGAGGAGAUGACUAAUCUGCAGUACCGUACGGAGAAGGACACACUGGACAUCAUUGCUUUCCUGAAGAGGAAGGAUGUUGAAAAAGAGGAAAAGAUUGCCGAGCUGGAAGAACAAUUAAGAGAGCAAAAAAAUAAAGCCGCAGAAGAAAGCGAGCAAUUGGUUGCUGAAUACAAACUCAGGAUAAAUGAGUUAGAAGAGACCUUCAGCGAGAGAUCUGGCGAGUUCCGCAUGAUUCAGGGAGAACUCAAGAUGAUCAAAGAGUUCCGGAAGAAGAAAGUGCACAUGGAACAGGAGCUAAGUGAUAUAAAAGACAGUAUGCAUCUUGCAGACAGGGGUCAUCAAGAAAGUCUAUCAAGAAUGGAGCACAAGUUCUUCAAAGAGAAGCUUCGCCUGGAGAAGGAGGCAGAGCAGAGAAUCGCCCAACUGGCAGAGAGAGCCCACAACGAGGCCAUUGUGCAGCUGGAUGAGGCAUCACGCUCAGUCUUUAAAGAGAACAUCCGUCUGAACGAGGCACUGCGCUACCACAUGAAAGAGGUGGAGGAGCUGAGGACGGUGACAGUCGCACUUGCAGAGGAGAACCAUUCCCUCACAGAGCACAAGGAGACUUGUGAGCUGAUGCUGAAGGACAGCGUUUCGCAGGUGAAGGAGCAAAGGGAUAAGGUGGUGGAGCUGAAGGGGAAGGUGGCGGUGCUGGAGCAGGCCCUGGGCCGCAUGGCGGGGGAGUUCGAGAGGGAGACGCAGGACGUGGAGCAGCGGGUGCUGGUCAGCACGGAGGCCGGGCGGCUGGAGUUGGAUAAGCUGCAGAAGGUGCUGGCCAUGCGGGAGCGGGAGAUGAACAGGGUAAAGCGGCUCGCCCGCAGCGUGGUGGAGCAGCGGACGGAGCUGGAGGUCUUCUUCCAGGAGGCGCUGGCCCAAGUGAAGCAGGAGAUCCAGGCGAGCCGGCAGCAGCACAAACAGGCCAGCCCGCAGCACAGGAGCCCAGGCCGGGGCGGGCAGCAGGACCCCCGCUUCCGCACAUUCGGCAAGAGCACCACUGGCCCAGACGACGUGGAAAACUGGGCAAAUUUGCACAGCGCCAAGGUGGACAUAUCUGAACUUACAUGGGAAGAGAAGGAGAAGGUUCUGAGGCUGCUCUUUGCGAAAAUGAAUGGCCUCAAAACAAGGAAAGCCACCCAACCUGCAGCCUUGUGCGAAUCUCCUGAAAGAACCCUAAAAGGCAGAGAUCCUGGGGUUGCAGAUGAGCCGUUCCACAUGACUUUCAUUACCCAGGCACCCAUCUACAGCCAACCCCCUGAACCAAGAGGGCUGCCAGAUAUUAAGAUCGUGUGAUAUAAAGAAGGGCGUUGCACCAACCCAUCUCAUCAUUACCAAACCCAGCUGAACUGGAUCAACCAUCACAGAAUCAGCCAUCAGUCUCCAAUGGCAAAUAAAGAUACGGCCUUAUAAAAAUAAAAACACUCACUCAGCCACAUGCAACAGGUCACUCUUUGCAAAUCUCCAAAAUGAUCAUCGUAACCGCCCUAAUUGAAAAGGCACCCCUCCGGAUAAAGAUUUACUUUACAAUCUUUAUUUAAAUUUACACUAAAUGCUUAUCCUGGUGUCAUCAGAGGAACAACAAAGCAUGAACUCAAGCACACUAUCUCUCAAACUGUAUAUGACACAGUCACCAAUAAGAGCCACCUCACUGAGCAACUUAAAACAAUGAGGGGGAAUGCUGGAUGGGCGGCUUAAACUGAAACGCAUUAUGUACCGGACAUAUGUGCACUAGGGGUAACUAAGGGUUCCCUUAAAUCUUUGCAUAUCUACUGCUGUUGUGCCAUUACAGUACUUUACCAUACACAAGAUACAAUACAUCCU